CCCCGCAGCUGUGUCAGCCGGGUCACCUCCGAGUCGAUAUUGGUUAUGAGGCAGCCCAGCUCCGCCGAGCUGAUGUGAUGCAGCCGGGUACCGCUGAGCCGAUCACGCUCUGAGUGAUGCAUUCUGCUGGCCGAGUCGCGCGUUCUCAUCCUAAGGGGACUGCAUCGCGCUCUUCGAUAAUGGAGUUUUUCUUGUCGAUCGUGUUGGUCAGGGUCCUGGUGCUCUUCUGCUGCUCGGCGAUGGUGCGGUCCUUCUCCAAGAUAGUGUUGACCCUCACGAAGAUGGUACGAUCUCUCUUCCCGAGGGUCACCGUCACCUGACAAGAAUAUGACACCGGAGGAAUGGCCAUCGGCUGAGUGAGUGCAGCGGCCCCCUAGCAACUUACGUCGUGCAGUUCUGUGAGCGCCUUGAGGUACUUGGUCUCCCAUGGACUGAGCGACACGAUGAGGGCCAUCUGGGCAUCCCGCACCGAGGCAGCACUGCCCACUUCCACCUUGGACAGGAUCGACACCACCGUGCGGGCCGCCCAACUUCAGCUCGAGAUCGCCAAACGAAAGCUGCGCCACUGAUCAGAAGAGAACAGACAAAUAAGAACAAGCACGGGAUUGCGACUCGGGCCGGAUGCGGCGAGCACUUCGUGCGAUCCGUACCCUGGCACACUGUGGUCUGCGAGUUGACUUCGAACACGCCAAUCCGCGGCCUUCCGUGGGCGUCGCCCACGAUCUGAACAUUCUGCGGGACGCAAGACAGACCCCAUCCGACAUUCAUUCCUUUCGCCAGCCCGGCCCUUCCUGUUUUCUGCCAAUCUCACCGUCUUGUGUCCUGAAUUGUAGGCCUCCAACAGUCGGGCGCGGUUCUCCACACUGCUCUCAGGAACGGUAUGAUCGACUCCCUGAGCGGUCAACAAGACAUACGUACAUGGCCAUGGAGGCUUCCCACUCAGCCUGCCUGCCUGCCUCGCACCUCUGUCGAUAGAACUGACGACUCGGCGCAAGUCGGGAAGAAGAGAUCUGGAUGGAUUGAUGGAUGGUCAGGAAGGCGCAUGUCUCCAUCCUCAGAUGUACUGGCGCCCAACGAGUUAAUGCAGGCGCAGUUGUG